GCGGAAGUAAGGAAGGUCGUUGUUUUGGAGCGACGUUGAAUUUGAACUCCCAGCUGAAGCGGAUGAGUGAGUCCGAGCAGCGAAACGAUAAAGUACUGUCUGCCAUUAACGACAACAUUAACCACCACAAAAGAUGCGUAAACGGCAGAAAGUGGAGACGACAGCGAUGUCAUAUUUAAGCUCCAUUGGGAGAGAGAAAGCAUCUGCUUCCACCCCUCAGUCCCAGUUCCAUGUUGACCUUUGGUUCUAUUUUACUGUGCAGAACUGGAUACUGGACUUUGGGAGGCCUAUUGUAAUGAUUAUACUUCCUCUGGAAUGGUUCCCUCUGAACAAACCCAGUGCUGGAGAUUACUUCCACAUGGCCUACAAUGUCAUUACGCCGUUUCUGCUGCUCAAGCUGAUGGAGCGAAGCCCCACCACGCUGCCACGGUCAGCGGUAUACCUCAGCAUCAUCACCUUCGUCAUGGGAGCUAGCAUCCACCUGGUGGGAGACUCCAUCAACCACCGGCUCAUCCUCAGUGGUUACCAGAACCACCUCUCCGUCCGAGAGAAUCCCAUCAUAAAGGACCUGAAGCCUGCAUCACUGAUUGACUCCUUUGAGCUCCUGUAUUACUAUGAUGAGCACCUAGGUCAUUCCAUGUGGUAUAUUCCAUUCUUUCUCAUCCUCUUCCUUUACUUCACUGGCUGCUUCACACAAGCCAAAGAGGAGAAGUUGCCACGGUCAGGUUGGCUGCUACUGGGCCCCAGUGCGAUUUAUUAUUGGUACCUGGUGACCGAGGGCCAGAUUUUUGUUCUUUAUGUCUUCACGUUCUUUGCCAUGGCUGCCACAGUGAUGCGGCAGAAGCGAAUGGGCUACGUGUUGGACAGCAAUGGCCGCUUUCUCCUCUAUAACUUUAUCAUAACUCUGGGUUUGGUGGUUGUCUGGGUCAUUUAUCUGUGGAACGACAACGUCCUGCGCAAAAAAUAUCCUGGUAUCAUAUAUGUGCCAGAACCUUGGUCAUACUACACAUUACAUAUAAAACGCAGUUAGGAUAUUAUGACAAACACUGUUACAAAGCAAAGAGAACAGAGGUCAGUUAAGGGUCCUUUCACUGCACUAAAAUGUAGUCCAUAGAAGAGUUCAUCAAAGUUUGAGAGGUUACUGAAGCUUUCACUGCAAAUGAGUUGGUAGUGUAGUAAACAAAAAGGUCAUUUCAGGGCGAAUAGUAAUUAGAUCUUAAAAGAAUAAUAAGUGGCAUUCUUUGUGCUUUGCUGGUCAGUUGCACCGAGGUCUUGUGUAAAUUUAUCAUAAUACAAUACGUCAUGCACUAUAAUUACGGUGCCUAUUAUUAUUAUGUAAUACAUUCACAAUUAAUUAAUUGUGCAUGGAAAAUUCUACUUAUUGCUUCUUUUAGGCCCUAAUCAUUUAAGAAGCUUUACAAAGACUUUCCAGCAGUGAUAACUUGGAGCUGAUUUUGAUAAUAACAUUUCUUUAAUGGAUUAUUUUAUGUUUUAUUUAGUUAUUGAUGUGUGUAGGUUGAGAAGGUUGACAUAUAGGGAUUUACCUAUAAUGACCUUUUAUUUUGGGGCCACCAUUUUUUUAUUUUUUUAUUUUUUUUUUUGAAAGUUGACUGGUAAAUUUGUGUUUGUUGUUAUCUGUGUUAUCCUGUGGGAUCACUUUUUCCUAGGGCCUGACCGAUGGAUCGCAUAUUUGAACAUAUGCGACCAAACCUACAUUUAGCAUGACAGUAACACACUAUUACACACGCAAAAAAUGAUUAAGAAAACGAAUGAAAAAUGAUGGUUAAGUAACAGAAACCAAAGCUGCAUAGAACUCUGGGUAGCUCCACUCCCAGUUUCUGGUAUUUAUUUGAGGUUAAGAAGUAUGGCAAUUGAGAACUGACAAUCAUAUCAGUCAAUAAAGCACUGUUUGAAUAAAAGUAUUGGAGAAUAAAAUUAAAAUCUAAAAUAUAUGAUGUAUAUAUUAUAAUAUUAUAUCAGACACUAUUAUUUGUUACUGGAAUUUUUAGUCCCUUAAAAACAGCAUCAGUAUCAACCACAGUAUUUUCAUGUCAGUUGGGUCCCAAUUUUUCCCCCUCAGUAGUGUUGUACAUUCACUGUUCUGUCAGUUUUUUGCAAUGUGUUAUGUACUGUUGGAAAACGUGCACUGUACUGUAACUGUAUUUUUUUUAAUAUGCUGCUCUUAUUUUUGGAACAUUUAUAACUGAGAUUGUUAGUCUAGGAACAGUUUUUCUGAAAUAUUUUGAUAAAUAUGAGCAAGCAUGUGUGCUGAAUCACAUUCAGCCCAUAUCAUUUGUUUCUGUUCAUGUACAUGUGAUCCAGAUUCCAGAUGUAGGUUAGGCCUAGUCUUUUCAUAAAAAGGUUUUGACUGGAAAAUUUAAGGCAUGACUGGAAAACUAGGACUAAAUAUAUGGAGAAAUGGUUGUAAUGUUUUGUAUAAAUAAAUGUUUUUUGGUAAUCGUCAAAUAAAAAUCUUAAGAUUGCGUUGAAA